AGAGAAAGAAAAGAAAAGAAAACCCCAUGAGCACACCAGAUCCCCAAAACUAAACUAAACUAAUCCCCUAAUAAUCAACAAAAGCAAACUCAAAACUCAAGAAAGAAAACAGAGGAGGGAAGGUAGAUAAAAAGAAAAGCAAGCAAUGGCAGGUGGGGAGAUACCAGAAGGAACAAUUGAGAAUGUUUUGGAACAAGAAUCUUUGAAGUGGGUAUUUGUUGGUGGUAAAGGCGGUGUUGGCAAAACCACUUGUAGUUCAAUCCUAUCAAUUUUGUUGGCUUCUGUUAGAUCCUCUGUUCUUAUCAUCUCAACUGACCCUGCUCAUAAUCUUAGUGAUGCUUUUCAACAAAGAUUCACCAAGUCUCCUACUUUGGUUAAUGGCUUUUCUAAUUUGUAUGCCAUGGAGGUGGAUCCUACUGUGGAGAAUGAAGAUAACGGUAGGUCAGAUGGAAUGGAUGGUUUCCUAUCAGAUUUAGCAAAUUCAAUCCCUGGAAUCGAUGAGGCUAUGAGUUUUGCUGAGAUGCUAAAGUUGGUGCAAACCAUGGAUUACUCGGUGAUUGUCUUUGAUACGGCCCCCACCGGUCAUACACUCCGGUUGUUGCAGUUUCCAUCAACGUUAGAGAAAGGUCUCGACAAAAUAAUGAGCCUAAAGAGUAAAUUUGGUGGCUUGAUUGGUCAGAUGACCCGUAUGUUCGGUGGAGAAGAGUUUGGCGAGGAUGCAAUCUUGGGAAAGCUCGAGGGUAUGAAAGAAGUUAUUGAACAAGUGAACAGACAGUUCAAAGAUCCGGAUUUGACAACUUUUGUAUGCGUGUGCAUCCCCGAAUUCCUCUCGUUAUACGAGACAGAGAGACUGGUGCAAGAACUCACUAAAUAUGAGAUGGACACUCAUAAUAUCAUCAUCAACCAAGUGCUUUUUGACGAAGAAGGUGUUGAAUCGAAGUUGCUCAAAGCUCGGAUGAAAAUGCAACAAAAAUACCUAGAUCAAUUCUACAUGUUGUAUGAUGAUUUUAAUAUCACAAAGUUGCCAUUGCUGCCUCAAGAGGUUUGUGGGGUUGAAGCACUAAAAGCAUUUUCGCAACAUUUCUUGAAACCAUAUCAACCUUUGCUUACUCGAGGCACAGUAGAAGAGCUAGAGCUAAGAGUGUCCAGGCUCCAAGAACAACUUAAAGAAGCCGAGUCUGAACUAGAAAGAGCAAGGAAAGGGAAAAAACCGAUUAACACUUGAAAUGUUAUGAGAACUAACAGUUUUAUACAUCAAGUAUACCUAAGCUUGUAUAAUUCAUAUUUUUUUUAGAUUUGUUUUCUAUUAUCUUUUUCUUAUUUUCUUUGUACUGGUUUAGAUUAUAAUGAUUGAAAUUAUUUGCA